AGUUAAACAGUUUCCUUUCCCUCCAUCUGCUUUCCCUUCAUUAACCUACGCGCCCAUGGCUGACGUUAGCCUUUCGCCUCUAAUUGCCUGACGCCCAUUUCUUCCCGGCAUACGACAUACUACUGCCACUCUGCCAGCCCCAAAUUUUGGAUGGCUUCUUCAAUCCAAGCUGUCGGGUCGGGUCGUUUCCGGGUUUUAAAGCCGGCGGCCGGAGCUCCGUCGGCGGUGACCGGUCCCGUGGUGUACUGGAUGUUCAGAGACCAGCGGGUGAGAGACAACUGGGCGUUGAUCCACGCCGUUGAUCAGGCCAACAAGGCCAAUGUUCCUGUAGCCGUUGCUUUCAAUCUGUUCGAUCAGUUCUUAGGCGCCAAAGCGCGACAGUUAGGGUUUAUGCUCCGAGGCCUUGAGAAACUCGCCCACUAUCUCCAAGACUCUCUCUCCGUCCCCUUUUUCCUGUUUCAGGGAGAGGCAAUAGACACAAUUCCGAAUUUUCUGAGAGAAUGUGGUGCUUCCCUUUUGGUAAUAGACUUCUCACCAUUAAGAGAAGUAAGGAGGUGGAAAGAAAGGAUCUGUGAGAGAGUGGGGGACUCUGUGACAGUACAUGAGGUUGAUGCCCACAAUGUGGUGCCAGUUUGGGUGGCAUCUAACAAAUUGGAGUAUGGUGCUAGGACUAUAAGAGCUAAAAUAACUAAGCUUCUACCAGAAUAUCUUGUGGAAUUCCCAAUUAUAGGGCCUCCCAAGAACAAAUGGGCUGUUAAUCCGAAGCAUUCGGUAGAUUGGGGGCAGCUUAUUGCAGAUGUUGUAAGGAAAGGAGCAGAAGUUCCUGAACUCGAAUGGUGCGAGCCAGGUGAAGAUGCGGCUAUGGAGGUACUGAUGGGAAGUAAGAAUGGAUUUCUGACAACCCGGCUGAAGAGUUAUGCCACUGAUAGGAAUAACCCUUUGAAACCCAAAGCACUUUCUGGUCUCUCCCCUUAUUUACAUUUUGGACAGAUAUCAGCACAAAGAUGUUGCUUGCAGGCUCGACAAAUUCAGAAAAGUCAUCCCAAGGCAGUUGAAACAUUUCUGGAGGAACUGAUCGUGCGAAGGGAACUUGCUGAUAACUUCUGCUAUUAUCAGCCUCAAUAUGAUUCAUUACAGGGUGCGUGGGAAUGGGCGCGUAAAACCUUGAUGGAGCAUUCAAACGAUAAGCGGGAACAUAUAUACACUCGAGAGCAAUUGGAGAAGGCACAAACUGCAGACCCUCUUUGGAAUGCCUCUCAGUUAGAGAUGGUUCAUUAUGGGAAAAUGCAUGGCUUUAUGAGAAUGUAUUGGGCAAAAAAGAUCCUGGAAUGGACAAGUGGGCCGGAAGAGGCUCUAGCAACAGCAAUAUAUUUGAACGACAAGUAUGAAAUAGAUGGAAGGGAUCCAAAUGGUUAUGUGGGGUGCAUGUGGUCAAUUUGUGGCGUACACGACCAGGGUUGGCGAGAGCGACCGGUUUUUGGGAAAAUUCGGUAUAUGAACUACGCAGGUUGCAAGAGGAAAUUCGAUGUUGAUGGAUACAUUGCAUAUGUUAAGAGGUUAGUAGGGGGGACAAAGAAACGAAAAGCGGAAGCCAUUGCUGAAUGAUCAACAAACUCCACACCUACCUGUAUUUCAAACUGUUUUUGCUUUUAAGCAUUAAUGUAAUAUUUAUUAUUAAAACUAGUUUUAAGCAAUUUUUUUGGUUCCUAUAGAUAAGAAAUAUAAUUCAAAAA